AUGAAUACCAAACAGAGCACUAUCAGUGUCCUAAUGCUACCAUGGUUGGCCCAUGGGCACAUCUCUCCCUUCUUAGAGCUUGCCAAGAAACUCUCACACCGAAAUUUCCACAUAUAUUUGUGUUCUACCCCAAUCAAUCUCAAAUCCAUCAAGAAUAGAAUCACUGAAAGGUACUCUCACUCCAUUGAAUUAGUAGAAAUCCACCUUCCAUCCUUGCCUGAGCUUCCUCCUCACUACCACACCACAAAUGGCCUCCCAACCCAUCUGAACUCCGCCCUCCAUACAGCCUUUGAGAUGGCAAGCCCAAGCUUCUUCACCAUCCUCGACACACUAACUCCAGACCUUGUUAUUCAUGACUUCACCCCCUCAUGGCCACCAACAAUUGCCUCCUCGUUUAAUAUUCCGGCAGUCCAGCUCAUGACUUCUAGUCCUAGAUUCCAUGAAACGCGGUUUCACCAUACGAUCGAGAAUGCAACAAAAAAAUCCAAAGACAAACAAGCUGCCCCUGUAAAUGAUCAACUCUUUUUUUCAUUUAAGAUAUCAAUGCCAAUGCAUUUGGACCAGCCAUUAAAUGCUAGACUGGUGGAGGAGGUUGGUGUGGCUAUGGAGGUCAUUCGAGACGAGAAUGGCAGACGCAACAGAGAAGCAAUAGCACAAGUAAUAAGGAAAAUUGUGGUGGAAAAAAGUGGGGAGGAUAAAAGAAUUAAAGCUAGAGAACUUAGUGAGAAAAUAAGAAUGAAAGGAGAGGAAGAGAUAGAUGAGGUGAUUAAAGAGUUGUUUCAACUUUGUAAGGAUAGAUGA